CCCUGCACACCGAAAAAAAUAACACUACUGAAGAGUAACCUCUGCUACCCGUCAUAAGUUGUGAGUUUUAAAGUUAAAAAGUAAAACAUUUUACAUCCAAGCGUCUAUUGUAACAAGAGCAAUAAUUUACCAAUGGUCACAGUUUGAAAGUUACGGGGAUUUUUGGGCUCUAACGGAACCAGCUGCCGCCGAAAUGAACUCGUAUCACGUUUUGUCGCUGGUGGGAGAGGGCUCAUUUGGACGGGUUUACAAGGGAAGGAGAAAAGGUAGUGGCAUGGUGGUGGCUCUUAAGUUCAUGCCAAAGCUGGGUCGCUCGGAAAACCAGCUACAAAGUCUCAAAAGGGAAAUUGAAAUUAUGAGGGACCUUCGGCAUCCCAAUAUUGUCCAGCUCUUUGACAGUUUUGAGACUGAAACUGAGGUUGUGAUUGUCACUGAGUACGCAGAGGGCCAGCUGUUCCAGAUCCUUGAGGAUGAUGGAAACUUACCAGAGAGCCAGGUCCGUGCGAUUGCCUGCCAGUUGGUCUCUGCUCUGUACUAUUUACAUUCCCAUCGCAUUCUUCACCGUGACAUGAAACCCCAAAACAUCCUGCUAGAAAAAAGCGGUGUGGUGAAGCUCUGCGACUUUGGGUUUGCCAGAGCGAUGAGCGUCUCCACCUUAGUGCUUACUUCUAUCAAGGGAACGCCCCUGUACAUGUCCCCUGAGCUGGUGGAGGAGAAACCAUAUGACCACACUGCUGAUCUGUGGUCUUUGGGAUGCAUCCUUUAUGAACUCCACACGGGGGCGCCUCCGUUCUACACCAACUCCAUCUUCAAGCUAGUGCAGCUCAUUGUGAAAGACCAAGUGAAAUGGCCAGACACCAUGAGCAGCACUUGCACGAGCUUCCUGAAAGGCUUGUUGACCAAAGACCCCCAGAAACGGUUGUCAUGGCCAGACCUCUUGUACCAUCCCUUUGUUGCUGAUGGUGUUCUAGUUUUGCCAGCCACAAAUGUGUCCAGGCCCUUGACGGUCACACCCAGCCCUGACAUGCUGGCGUUGAAACUCCAACAAGUGGCAGAGAAGACUGUACCAGCUUCUGCAGAAAGCAGAUUGUUGCGAAAGGUCAGGGAACAAACAGAAAACUGUAGUAAGAGGAAACCACCAGGAAAGGACAGUGCCAAAAAAAAUAAGGAUGAAAGGGAAAAUGGUGCGAUGGCAGCAGCAAUGUCCCCUAGAGUGUGCAACCCCAUGCCCUCUUGUGGCGAUGUUUCUGUUACCUCGGGUCAGCUGGAUAUGAUGGCUGCUAAUCAAAGCCUCGGACCGAAGAUUCAAGCUAGCUCAACAUCAAAGCACAGGGGUCAGAUAAGCAUAGACUACGAACGGGAAUUUCCCUGUAUAGAUAUCGGGCCGCGACUUGUGCGGAGAUGCAGGGAGGAAAGCCACACCUCACAGCGAUUGCAGAAUGUAAACAACAAAGAAUACUGGGAGAAUCUGGCCCAACUGUCCGAUCCAAGCAGACAAACGAGAGAGAUAUUAGAUUACAGCAUAAUUAUAUCUCAAAUUAAAUCAAAGAUCCAGGAAUUUAAAGCUCAGCUAAAAGGGGGCGUGGUAAAAGAAGUUCAGCAGAUUCAGCAACCAAUGAGGGUUCUACAUAAUCUGCUAGUGAUGGCCGAGGUUGAGAAGUUGAACGACGUCGGCCGUGAACUUGGGCUACCCCGUGUCCUCUUUGGCCUGAUCCAGGAUACUGUAGAAAGCUCAGAUUUCAUUAAGCAUCAGCAGAGUAUCCCUGUCCUUCAAGAAAUGAUCACAGUGGUCCUGGUCUACUGGGAGAAGAACUGUGCCUGGGUGGAACAGGAACAAAGCCUGGAAGAGUUCACAGAGUCCUUCAAAACAAUUCUUAGUCAACCAAAUCUCAGUCGUCUGGUCCCUCUGGCUGCUUGUGUUUUGUCUCUCUUCACACAACACAAUGUUGAUGUCAAAGUUGAUGUGGAGCAUCUAGCAUCCUUGCUGAAAACUCUGGUCUUGAACCCAUGUGAGGUACUGAGCUCAUGUAAACCUGGCAGUAAUAUGAAAGCUUGA